UAUCGUACGAAUGGUAGCCUGCUGUGUUUGACCAUGGCACUGAAUGAUGAACUAUGCUAUGGGAGCCUACUUCAAAUAAAGGCAUUGUUAUACUCGGAUUUCUGGUGUCUGAACAACAUGGUUAUAUAAUAGCAUUUUGCAUGAAAAGCAAAAACAAAACACUCAAUCUAUUGUAGUUACAUUUGCUACAGGUGCGUGGCUGUUCACAACACGUCGCAAGAGGGCUCUGUUUUAAACAACAGGUGAUGGCAACACCCCAAGAGAAAAAGGAACAGCAGCAGUCCUCCCCUCAGGUGAUGGCUCCUGAUGGGGGUUGGGGCUGGGUGGUGGUAGGGGCUCUUUUCGUGGCUUCUGCCCUGGUAUUUGGGCUCAUCCGCAGUCUGGGCAUCUUUUUCGUAGAGUUUGUGCAGUACUUUGGUGAAAGUGCCCAAGCUAUAUCCUGGAUUACAUCCAUUGGGGUAGCAGUACAACAGCUUUUUAGCCCAAUAGGCACAGCAGCAUGUAAUGUCUAUGGAGCUCGGCCAGUUGUUAUGCUUGGAGGAUUCCUCUCAGGUCUAGGGUUUAUUCUGGCUUCCCAGGCAACGACUCUUUCACAUCUUUACCUGACCAUGGGACUCAUCUCAGGUAUAGGAUGGGCUUUGGUCUUCACCCCUAUUAUUGCAUCAGUAAUGCAAUAUUUUACCACACAACGAACUCUAGCUAUGGGCCUGGGCUUCACUGGCAUCGGUCUUGCCUCUUUUGCCUUCUCCCCACUUUUUCAGUAUCUAGUAGAAGUUUAUGCUUGGCGUGGAGCCUUGCUCAUUCUUGGAGGCAUAAGCUUUAACAUGAUUGGCUGCGGUGCUCUCAUUCGACCUAUAGCGAAUACAAAAGCUGUGGUAAAGGCUAAAACUUCAUCCAACCAUAACAAAUGCUCCCGCAUAUAUGAGUGCUUUGAGAUCUCCCUGCUUUCACACCGUGGCUUCCUCACUUACACCCUAGCCAUCACCUUCUUCAAUGCGGGCUACUUUAUCCCAUAUGUUCAUCUGGUUGCCCACAGCCGUCACAUCGGCUUCAGUGAGUACCAGGCAGCGUUUGUGAUCUCUGUCACCGGUGUGGCAGACAUAGUGGGUCGUGUUGUAUCCGGCUGGGCCUCAGACCUCGGUAAAAUGCGAAUGCCUCACAUGCUGGUGGUGUGGACUGGGUUAUUGGGUAUAUUUCUGCUACUUAUUCCUUUUGGUGUGACUUACUCUGGACUGUUGGUAGUCAGUGUUGCUUAUGGGUUCUGUGCGGGAGCAAUGACUCCGCUAGCCUUUGCAGUGGUACCAGAGAUCGUAGGCAUGGAGCGGAUGCUCGGGGCCCUUGGCCUCCUGCAGCUUUUAGAAAGCAUCGGAGUGCUACUGGGAGCUCCAAUUUCUGGCUGGCUGAAGGACUAUACUGGGUCAUAUACAGCAUCUUUUGUAGUUGCGGGAAGUUUCCUUGUCUUAGGUACAUUGAUCACAUUGACUCUUCCGCAUUUUUGGUCUCGUACGAGCCCUUCAGCUCCAUCACCAAAGUCAUCUCAGGAUGCCUCCAUUGAAGAUGGACUAAUGAAGCAACCUCUGCCUUCUGUUCCUGAGAAACUGUAUCCCCUGGAUGAUAUACCUUACUCGGAUAAAGAGUGGUGUGAUAGCCGUCUGACGGAAGAAGAAAUGACAGGAAAUGCCAUAAUUCCAUGAAAUUAGCACCAUUUUCAAAAGUGUAAAACUGAUAUUUGACAUUACGUGAAAUAUGAAAAAAAAUGUAUACCACAUUUUUAUAAAGGCAAAAUAUGUAUGAUUGUUGAAUUAAAAUAUUCUUAAAGAACCAAAAUCACUAUACAACCAUCUAAAUUAAUACAUUUCUCUGUAGUGUGGUGUUUGCUCCACUCCCUAUAAAGUCUACUGAUCAUGCUUGUCUAAAGACAUCUAAUGAAAGCAGGUUUGAUGGGGAAGCAGUUAGACUCUUAAAGGGAUAGUUCACCCAGAAAUGAACUUUUUGUCAUAAUUUACUGAUUAAGUUUAAGUUGUUCUGUUGAACACAAAAGUAGAAUGUGGGUAACUCAAAAGUUCUGUGGCACCAUUGACUACCAUGGUAUUUCUUUCAUACCAUGGAAAUCUGUGGUGCCCCAGAUAUGUUUGGAAACAUUCUUCCAAAAAUCUUAGUUUGUGUUCAGCAGAACAAUAAAAGUUGCACAGGUUUGUAACAAUGUGAGGGUUAGUAAAUGAUGACAGGAUUUUUACAUGGAAGUGUAAACUGCGUUUUGGGGUAAAACAAAGAGAGACGGUAUAGUGUUUUCGAACAAUCCAACUCCCCUUUGUUUCUGCAUCUCUGCAACGCAACAUUCAAAAGCAUUCAUGCUGCUCAAAUGUUAUUGUAUUUCUAUGUAGACCUUAUCUGACCUCACCUCAGCUAAAUAAAAUGACGCAUUAUUUCCCAAAGACCAGAUGGCGCUACAUACCACACCCACCUUGUAAGUAAUGGCCAUGGUGGCUCGAGGGUGUUUACCGGCCAACGCAAACUUUCCCGGACAGUUCUGUUUAGUUUGCUGUGCCGAACUAGUGAAACAAAUUUUCGUUUGGAGCAGAUUUUGUGUGAAGUAGGUAAGAUUUGUGUUUAAUAUGGUUAAUAAAUGUUCUAUUUUUC